CGUACUAUUUGCGUGUAAAGCAUGGGAUUUGUUUAAUAAUUCUCCGACGAUCUCUCUCUCGGACACCCAUGCGGAUAACAAUGGUGUGGAUAAUUGGCCUGAUAAACUAUUAGAACCUAUUUAAAAUGUCUUUAUUAAGAUUCAGUAUUGCAAGGCGAAACAUUCUACCCUUCUUUCAUGUUAAAGCACCAAGUUAUGAAUUUAUGGGGCGGAAUACGUCGUGUAUGUUCUCAUCAUUUGGCGUUUCGGUUUCAGCGGGUCACCAGUUGAUAGUCUGCGGCCUGCGUCGGGGGAAUGUUUCUCGAGCUUCUGAUUCUCAUUUUAGACGCUGCAUAUCAACAAGCUGCCUAAAUAGAUGCGAGGCAAAGACGAUACGAAUAGUGGAGUAUAUAAGUGAACAGCACCAACCUAAAGGAGAGAUUCAUGCAGAUCUUAGUAAUGUCCUACAGACGAGGAUUAGUCAGCUAGAACAUAAUUUCAAUGGAGAGAAAAUCUUCUCGGUGCCAAAGCAGCAUUCUACAAAAAUAGCUGUAGCAGAAGAAACUGCAAAAAGUGCAAUAAAGACAAAGACAUCUACAAAAGAGGAUGCAGUUAAAAAGAAAACUAAGACAACUAAAGUGAGCACAAAGGUCAAGACUAAGAAUGUAAGUGCAGCUAGUAAGAAAAACACAACAUUGACCUCAAAACAAUCUAAAUUAGUUUCCAAGCCAAAGACUGAUCAAAGUAAGAGCAAAACUAAAUCAAGUAGAUCGCCGGCUGUCAAAAGGGUUGAAAAGGAUGAGCCUUUGAAAGAUAGGACUACAGAGAAAACAAAAUCGUUAGAUACUUCUAGCAAAAACAAAAGAACAGUAAAAUCAAAAUCAUCAAACAAAGGUGCUUCUAAGACUGCAAAGAAGGAGUCUGUGCGAGAAAGAGGAAAGUCGAGUACCAGUACACUAGAUUCAGUGCAAUCACAAUCUGUACAAAAUGCAUCUUCUGAACUUAAAUCUUUGUCAUCGAAACAGUCGCAGUCCACUCUUGCCUCUAGGUCAACAUUGAUGACACCUACAUUGAAGGCAUCAUCUUCAUCAUCAAUGUCACCAUUGUCAUUGUCACCAUCAUCAUCAUUAUUGUCAGAGAAAUCCACUCUGUCUUCAAAACCAGAACCCUUAAUGACACCAACCUUUGCUUCGGACCAGUCUGAGCUCAUUCCUUCCAGCGACAGUACACCAUCUUCAAAACAACUGCACAACCUCAAUCUUGCCAUCCGCACACUACCUUCCAACCUCGCCAGGGGAACUGAAAACAAACAGCUCGCUUCUACCAAGUCAUCAACGAGUUCAUCCAAUGUGCUGAGCCAGAAACACCAUGAUUUGAAAGAGGAUGGGGUAGAUGAACUCAGGCCUACAUCCCAGAUGAUGAUGGGUGGUCUCUCCCAGCAUACCUUUGAUCUGGAUAAUGAGGAUGUCUUUGAGCAAGACAUGCAGCUCCUGGAUGUUGUCUCCGGGAAGAGUCCUGGAAGUAUCGAGUCAGCCAUUGACAAAAGUGCAAUAAGGAAGAAAGGAACUUGGAAGAAGGUCAGGAGGAAACAGUUCACUGAGGAUGCCGAGAGCUACCUGAGACCGUACAUGGAAGCGUCGGUAUACAGUGAUAAUAUUGAGGCAGCACAGUCUUUAAUGUUUGCCUUUGAGAAGCUGAACGGUCAAGUUCAGGUAGAUGAUUACAAUACACUCAUACAAGCUUGGGCUAGGAAGGGGAAAUGGGAUGAAGUGCGCCAUCUCUUGGCCAGAAUGGUAUCCAAGAAUGUGACAUCUGAUAGACAAACGUAUGCAGCUUCACUGGAGUGCUUAGCCAGAUGUGAGGAACCGGAUUUGAAAAUCGUCCAGAAAGGCCUGGAGCAGAUGGAAAAGGACGGUAUAACGUUGGACGAUGUCCUGUCCUUUGGAUCGUACAGUGGUGAAGGGCGCCAUCUUGUGAUCAAACUAAUCCAGAGAUUGCUACCGUCCUUUGAGCCGCCUGGUCCAGGAAUCAAGGUUCAAUGUACUACGACCAUUGUAGAAGAUCUGUAUAGUGGAGCGUCAGCAUCAGGGAAGGGUUCAUCGUUACUGGAGUUGAUGAGUAGAGAAGACCUAGAACGUAAGAUUCGUCAGCAAUGGGACAUGGAGCUUGCGGAGACCGUCACGGUGACAUCGGUAGAAGAGAUUGGUGAACUGGAUGCAGUCACAGCUCACAGGAGAAAACUUCUUAAUCAACAUCGUGUUCAGUGGAGAAGAUCUCUCAAAAGAGCGCUGGAAAAUGAGAAAACGAGACAAUAUUUCAAAUUUAAAAGCCCCAACUUCUCGUCCAUCUGCUACUACCCGUUCCUGAUCUUACUGCAGCCUGACGAAUAUGUCGACCUCAUGCUGCAGUCAUUGUCUAACUUAUCGUCAACAACAGAGGGCAGUAUGACUAUUUCCCUGGCACGCGAUCUGAGUACUAAGCUCCAUAGGAAGUAUAGCAUUAGAGCUAAGCUGAAGCAAGGCAAUGCACAACAGAUCAAAGAACUGUACGAGGCUUAUGUGUUACGCACUGCAGGCGAUCAGGAAACUAGUUUUGAGUUGCCUAGGGAGUCCUUUCAGGAGCUUGAAGACAGGAUGCUGGGGAGUUCUUCUUUAGAUCAGGGUUUUCAAGCCAAGGUAUGGCCAACAGGAAUGUUAAUUGGGAUUGGUACAUUACUAGCAGACAUGAUGCUGAGAGAAAUCAAGAUAGAUGCAAACAUGAACAACAACAAACCCGAAAAGCAAUUGAUUCCUGCCCUUUAUCACAUGUAUACAUACAGGAGCUUCAAACAUGUCGGAUUCAUCAAGCCUCAUCCUUCAUUGGUAGAUCUCUUCCAGACAGCCAAGGAUCCAAACCUUGUGUUUGAUACCAAUAUGCUUCCGAUGUUAACCCCACCCAUCCCAUGGACAUCUGUUAGGUUUGGUGCUUAUCCUCUUAGCUCCACUAAGAUCAUGCGUAGCAAAGACGGAGCUCAUCAACACCAAGAUUUAUUAGAGAAGACUCCAUCCCAGGAGCUGUAUCCCAUCCUAGAUGCCCUCAAUCAACUCAGUACUGUGCCUUGGAUCAUCAAUAAACCUGUUCUGGAUACAGUGAUAUCAGUAUUUAGGAAUAAUGGGAGUAAAGAUCUUGAUGUACCUCAACCAGCCUCAGCUUGCCCAUUACCACCUAGGAUAACAAGUGAUAUCUCUCGGGAGGAGCUGGCCCAGGUUCACCGAGAGAGGGCAGCAGCACGUAAACUACAAGCUGAAAUGCAUUCACUGAGGAUGGAUAUGUUGUACAAGCUGUCUAUAGCAGACAAGGUCCGGGAUGAAAUUGUGUGGUUCCCUCACAACAUGGAUUUCCGCGGUCGGGUCUACCCCUGCCCACCCCACUUCAAUCACUUUGGCAGUGAUGUCACCAGGAGUCUUCUAUUAUUUGCACGGGGGAGACCCCUCGGUGAGGAGGGAUUCAGAUGGUUGAAAAUCCAUCUUGUCAACCUGACUGGCCAUAAGAAAAGGUGUGCUGUUGAAGAGAGGCUUCAGUAUGCUCAUGAUAUGAUGGAUGAGAUUAUUGACUCAGCUGAUAGACCUCUUGAUGGCAACAAGUGGUGGCAGGAAUCUGACGAGCAAUGGCAGACGUUAGCAUCGUGUAUGGAGGUUACCAAGGCGAUAAGGUCAGGUGACCCUGCAUCGUACGUCAGCCAUCUCCCAAUACAUCAGGAUGGUUCCUGUAAUGGUCUCCAGCACUAUGCUGCCUUGGGACGUGAUCUGGUCGGAGCUCAGCAGGUUAACCUUCAUCCAUUUGAUGUACCACAGGAUGUCUACAGCGGGGUGGCUCAGAUGGUUGAGGAGCUGCGAAGACAAGAUGCAGAGAAAGGAAACAAGAUUGCUCAGGCCCUUGCUGGCCACAUCAAGAGAAAUGUUGUGAAGCAGACUGUAAUGACAGUGGUGUAUGGUGUUACGUCCUAUGGCGGCCGGCGUCAGAUCCUCAAGCAGCUCAGGGAAGAAGACGACCUCACCAUGGAUCAGAAAUGGUUUGCUGCUGGCUACAUCACGCUCAAAGUCUUCCAGAGUCUUAGAAAGAUGUUCACAAAGACCAGAGAAAUACAGGAUUGGUUGACAGAGAGCGCUUGGUUGAUCUCUAAGGCUGGUGAAACGGUAGAAUGGGUUACCCCUCUUGGCCUUCCCAUCAUACAGCCGUAUCAUAAGAAGAGUCUGAAGCUUAUCUCCCAUGGAGGUCGCAAUGUCUAUCACGAAGAUAGGAAUAGUCAGAAUGAACGACCGGACACGAUGAAGCAGAAGAAUGCAUUCCCACCAAACUUCAUUCAUUCCCUUGACUCGACUCACAUGAUGCUUACAUCUCUCUAUUCUCAAAGAGCUGGUAUCACUUUUGCUUCUGUUCACGACUGUUACUGGACCCAUGCCAGCUCUGUCAACCAAAUGAACAAGAUCUGUAGGAACCAGUUUGUAAAGCUACACAAAGAACCCAUCUUAGACAAUCUGGCUGAAUUCAUGGUGGAGAAAUAUGGUCCGCUGGAAAUGCAGGAUACAUCCAAACUCAAACGAGGAAGCAGAAACAUGAAGAUCAUCGAGGAUUAUGUCAAAAAUGUACCUCAGAAGGGAGAAUUUGAUCUCGACAAUGUCUUGAAAUCAACUUAUUUCUUCAGUUAAUGAUUCAUAUAAUCACUUUGAAAACAUGGAAGAAGGGGUUGUUUUACAAAGAGUUGCACUUAAGGUCAAAGUGGAUGUACCUGGCAUGUCUUUAUUUCAAUGAUGCAUGUUAGUUUACCUCGAGCCAAGCACAAAUACUAAGAGUACUUUUUUAGAUGGAAAUUUACCUAAUCCUAUACAUCCUUUUGCCUGGAUUUUGAAUUGGUCAUCAUGGCUUAUCGUGAUACGUGACCUCUUUGAAUAUAUCUUCCAAGAGUUUUCUUUUGUAUUCCUAACUUCUGAUAUGAUUUUAUGCGGUACGUAGAGAUGACCAGUACUAAUUUUCUGUUAGGUUUGCUGGGAGUGGUUUCAUCAAGCUUUCCGCAAGUUAUGCCUUGACACACAUGUGGUAACCUGGGGGGCAUUUCAUCAAUAUUUUUGUUCCUGGAUUCUGAUUGGUUGUGAAGCACUGUUCUAUAGUAACUGUUUGAUAAAACUGAACUUUUCGGAUAAAACGUCUGACAAGUCCUUUCAUGAAACGCUCCCCUGUUCUUGUGUGAAAUAAUAUGACCCUACUGAGCCGACUUAUCACCGAAGAUUAUGUCCUAGUUGUCAAUUAAAUUAACGAUUUUACGCUCAGCUUUAUGAAACACUGCAUGGAGCUCUUGCCUGGUAAUUGAACCUUUCAAGGUACCCUUAUAAAAUCUUAUAUUCAUCACAUGUUUUGGGGAACGUUUGAUUGCCUUUCCAAAUAGUGCCUUAAAUGAGUAAUGGUGAUACGAGUACAGGGGGUGUUUCACAUUGAUUUCAGUCCGACUAAAAUUCACAUAUUCUCAGUUGCAUGUGGUAACUAACACUUCACCACAUUGGUUAAAAUGCAUCGAUUGGACAUGCUUUCCUGUGACGCCUGUUGCCGUGGUUUUCCACGCUAUUUUAUUUGUGAGUCCACUCUUCAAACAGUGGACUCAUGAAUAAAAU